CGUCGUGAGCCUGCGUCUCAUCCUGCGUCGCAUGUUCGCGCUGUUCGCACUGGUCGUUGUGUUCCGCGUCAACGUCCUCCUCCUGUCCCAGGCACGCACCAGAUGGCACUUCGUCCUUCCAAUGCUCCACAGCGUUUCCCUCUGCCGUCUCCUCCUGCGUCCUCUCUUCCUGACGUUGCUGACCCGCCGUCAAACCUUGCUCGUGCUGCCAGUCCUACUGUCACUCGUCUUCUCGCUACUGUUGUCACUGACCCUUUGUUUGAGUCCACUGCUGCGUCUGCCCUAGUUGCUGAGCUUGUUGACUUUGCUGCCGCCUGUUGUCUAUACUACGCCGCUAGUCUUGUUGCUGAGUCUGAGUCUGUCUGUCCUCCGUCCGUCGGGGGUGAGUGUGCUCUCAGCACGGACGUCCUUGAGGACAGGCAGGAGGAGUUUGAGUGUUUUGCAGCUGCUUUACCUCAUCUCGUGUCCAUGCUGAUUGCACCUGAGGGAGACCCGGAUGCACCAGACAUCCCGACCUCGCGCUCUUACGCGAUAGAGGGUCCCUACUCCUCUCAGUGGCAGACAGCCAUGGCCGCAGAGAUGGCUUCCUGGAAGUCCACAGGCACCUACGUCGACGAGGUUCCCCCACCUGGGGCGAACAUCGUCAGUGGCAUGUGGAUUUUCAGGACCUUCUCCCCUACCCCAAAGAUGACCACUCUUCGGGUGCUGCUGCACGUCGCCGCUCAGCGUGACUACGAGCUUCACUCUCUUGACUUCAGCACAGCCUUCCUACAGGGCAGCCUGCACGAGGAGAUCUGGCUGCGCCACCCACCUGGCUUCACUGGGUCGUUUCCUGCUGGUAGUCAGUGGAGCCUCCGGCGGCCAGUCUACGGUCUCCGCCAGGCGCCUCGCGAGUGGCACGACACACUGAGGACGACGCUUGCGGCUCUUGGGUUUGCUCCUUCCACUGCUGACCCGUCGCUGUUUCUACGCACCGACACCUCCCUGCCGCUGUUCUACAUCCUCGUGUACGUCGACGACUUGGUCUUUGCUACUGCUGACACUGCGGAACUGGCCCACGUGAAGUCGGAGCUGCAGAAGAGACACACGUGCACAGACCUGGGUGAGCUGCGCAGCUAUCUUGGCUUGCAGAUCACCCGGGACAGAGCACAGCGCACCAUUACCUUGACUCAGUCACACAUGGUGCAGCAGGUCCUUCAGCGCUUCGGCUUCACGUACUCCUCGCCACAGUCCACUCCUCUCUGCCUAAUCGCCACUCGCUCUCAGCUCUGCCUUCGGAUAAAUCCGUAG